UCACAAUUGAGUGUAUGAAAUAUGUUGCACCUCACAACAUCUGUACACAGUGCCAUUUCUGUACAUACCCACUAAAGACAGCGACACAGAAUAAAAUAAAACCUAAACAAAACUUCGGAAUCAAGCGUUCAAAAUCCUCAAAGUUUUUGACAAAAUCAAGCCCGUGGACUUCUUCAGAACGCACCAGUGGAAACUUCGAGGAAGUGUAUUUAAAACUGAGAACAGGAAGCUCUUCGUGGCCCAGAUCGUUGUGGGAGUGGAACAAGCUGCCCAGCCGUGUGGUUGAAGCCGAUACCCUGGCAUCUUUCAAUGAGAGACCAUGGGGUCAACUGGCUACUAAAGACCAAGUAGGCUAUUAGGGCCAACGGGCAUAAUUCCCAUUUGUAACUGUUAUUAUGUUGUUAUCCUUGUAGAGUACAAUCCUUUGUCUUUUGUAAAAACACAAAUGGCGUUUCUGCCCGAUGAUACCUGGUUCAUACUUACAGGCAUAUAUGGAUUGUACAGUAUGUGAGCACGCAUAUUAUCACCCCAAGACUGAAAACAUUAAAUAAGAAGGCAUCAAUACAAUAUCAAUAUUUGCAAAAACAGUAACAAGUAGACUGACCUGACCAAGAAAGGGCUUAAAUAAAUGUGUUGGUCUCAGAGCUGCCUGAAUGCAAGAUAAAUUAUGUGGUUGUAUAUGGGAGUGAACAGCGAACCCAAGAAGCAGCUUUUUUUUUGGCUUUGUGGCUAUUGAAUACAUUCAUACAGGCAAACACACUCACUCCUCUUGACUUGUGGUGAACUAAUCUGAUGUUAGAGGUUGAUAAGUCUUGCAAGAGGUUUUGUGAGACUUGUAUUAACAUAAUGCAUUUUAACAGACUUAAGUUGGGAGCGGCAUCAACCUUCAUGGGCUGCAAGGAAGGGGUAGGAAGGUUCAUCCAAUGCUGAAGCAAGGGGAAAGUAACACAGCAUUUCCUCUGUAGAGCCUCCUUCAAGUGUGGAGGAGAGAGGGAAAGUGCACAGAAAUAAGGCAUAGGAGAACAAAACAGGAAGCGAGAAUGGGCGGGGAGCAGAAGAGAUUGGGUGUGUAGCAGGUGAGAAUGAGUGUCCAAACUAAGGGGGAAUUGGAAGAGGGUAUGAAAGGGCUAAAUCUGGAAAUGAAUGGAGAGGAUUUAGAAGGAGAUUAGUCUGUCGUUGAGAGGAAGGGGAAGAUGUGAUCCAAGUUUAAGGACGGUUGUGGUUUUGGAUGUCCUUCUGCAAUAGGAGUCCCGAAACCCCUGUAAGACCCGGAGAUAUCAGAAAGAUGGUGGCCAUUAGAGGAGAAAUGGGGACCUAUGGGUUUGGAGAGAACUUGGAUCCUCGCAGCCCUGACAUGUUCCCUGAAACGGUCUGCUAGUCUCCUUCCUGUCUCACCAAUGUGAGUGGCCAGGCAUUUUCUGCAUGAGGUGCAGAAACAUGAGGUCGCUGGAAAUACACGAUGUCCUCUGGGUGACACAGAACUGUCCAGAGGGGCCUUGAAUGCUUGUUUUAUCGGAUAUAUACCGUCCUUACAGGUGAUGCCGUGGGGGGAAAGUGCCUGGUGGGGAUGAUUGCUGAGGGCGGUCAGGGGAUCUGUGAGCAAGACGGUUGUGCAGAUUAAGUGGUCAGCGAUAUGAGAUGAUGGGGAGGUCAGGAAACUGUGUGUUUGGCCGGCAUGUGCUUGAGGGCUGCAAGAAUAAUUGUGGGGAAUGAAGGAAGCCCUUUGACCAGUGGUUUCUUAUCGUUUUUGAGAAAGGCUGAUAUGUGAGUGAAGGGACGGCUGCAUACUGAGACGACAGGGUGUCUUGGGGUGUUGGAUUUGUAGAUUUUUCGGAAGGAGGUCAAAUUAAGAUACCUGAGGAUGUUCAACGAUGAGAAGCUUAAAUUCCUUAUUGCUGAGGAGAAGAGAGAUGGUGGAUACCACUUCCUAUUGGUAGUUAGUAGUAGAAUCCUGUGGAAGAGGACUAUAGGGGGUUCGUUAGUAAUAAAUGUUAGGAAGUUGUCUGGAGGCUUCGUUGAUAUAUAGGUCUUUUUCCUACACCACAACAGCACCACCGUUGUCCGCUGGUUUGAUGACAAUAUUGUCUCUGCUGCAGAGAGAUUGGAGCACCUGAACUUGUCCUAGGGUGAGGACAGACCUGUUUCCUGGGUAUGGAAGGGGCCUCAGGAGCUUGAUUGAUGAAUUUGGUUGAUGAAAUAAUCCACUGAUGGAAAAUGGCUGGAAGGGGGGAGAGGCCAAUGGCUUUGUUUGGGAUAAAUUUUGCCAGUGGCAUCGAUAACCGGGUUAUUGUCAGCUAUGAGUGAAGAGGUGUCAUCAGAGAACUGUGCCUGAGGUUAAUCCUGCGCUAAAAGUGGUUAAGAGACUCUUUAAAAACUUAAAAUAAAAACUCAAAAAUGUUUUGGUGUUUUUUUCCAUCUGAUCUUGAGAUUGAUUAAUUCAGCCCUUAACUGAACUAAUAAUAGAGCUUGGUUACAGUUUUAAGUUCAUGCCUAAAAAUACGCAGAUUUCAGGGAAACUUAUAGAUUUAAAUAGUUGACUGGAAAUCUGUAACAAUUCAAUUCACACGAGAAUAUUGAAAGGCUUUAAAGACAGCGUUCCAACAAACAACCCAGAGAUGACACUUCCAGCCUACUUUUUUAAUAACUGUGAUUAAGGUGUUGAGCUGAAACCUGAUAUCUGAAGUGGCCUCGUUCUUUUUGUCACUGGUAAAUGCUACGCAUUUCCAUACUUCUUAUUUUAGUCUUUGGCUUGAAGCCGAAGUGGGAGAGAGGCGUGCAGUCGCAGUCUUGCAGUGGAGGCCUCUCUCUCUCGGGGGUAUCUGUGAUUUACUGUACAUGCGAGAGACUGUCCCUGGACUUUGCUCAGCCCUGCGGGGGAGUCCUGCCAGCUCAGUGUGUCAGAGCUCCGUGAGGCCGGGGUGGCAGCGUUCCUUGCAGUGGCUCGUUCCCGAUCGGAUUUUCUUGGGUAACUCCGUGACCCCAUUCGGGAGCAGCUGGCCGGCAGUCACCUCGGACAGGAGCGUGAACGUUGAUACUUCUUCUGAGAUCGAACAAGACACAUGAGGCUUUUUAUAGCCCUCGGGAGCUCGGAAGGUUCAGUUAUGGGUCUUCUGUUGCUGUUCGCCCUGCUUGCCUCAUGCUUGUAUGUCCACCCUUUCAUAAGUGAAGAGAACUGCACUGAUUAUUUCGUGGACUUUGAGAGGUACUACAGCUUGAAGGAAGAGCCUGUGAUGCUGAAAUGUUCCUUACAGCAUCUGGCCAAUGGCCACAACACUACGUAUACUAUCUCAUGGUAUAAAAAUGAGACCCGGCAGGAGUUCUCUGGGGAGGGGGGCAGAAUCCGAGCACAGGGAAUUCGACUCUGGUUUCUGCCUUCUGUUCUAGCAGACACAGGCCACUACGUGUGCAUUCUCAGAACCCCUGAAUGGUGCAAAAAACAAGCUACAUUUCUGAUAGUAAAUGAAACAAAGAAAGGUGACUGCAAUAAUAUCGCCAAGUCUGGGCAGAAGCUCUCUGCAUUAGCAAACGGGGUUCUUAGCUGUCCUGAAACAAAUAUCUUUAUGAACGAAGAGACAGACUAUGAGUUUUUGUGGUAUAAGGAUUGUGUACACCUCGUGGAAGGAGACAAAUACACGUACGACAGCAAUAAGCUUUUCAUACAAAACGUCUCUUCAGCAGACAAAGGCAACUACACCUGCCGAAUAACAUUUAGCUUGAAUGGGACGACAUACACAGCAUCAAGAACUAUAGACCCCGAUAUCAUCGAGGAGUGGCAUUUGCGACCGAAAGUGACUUAUCCUAUAAAUAACACGGUUGGAGUUGCUGUGGGGUCCGCCUUCAGCACGAACUGCACGGUGUUCCUGGGAGGAAAGGGGAAACACACCGCCGACGUGCUGUGGAUAGACGACCAAAGUCUGAUUCCCGAAGACAGCUCGGCUCGCGUCUUUCAAGGGCGGCAGAAUGAAACGCAGGUGAAGGGCGGCGCCCUCAUCCAGACCCCCCUGAUUUCAGGGGAUUUACACAAUCUCAGCUUAAUCAUGCGCAUUGGAUGUACACUCACCGCGCUUACUUUUGUCCUUGUAAUUAUUGUCGUUACCUACAAGAUCUUCAAGAUGGACAUCGUUCUCUGGUUUAGAGGAUCCUUUCAUCAUCUUUACAGACAAACAGACUCUGAUGGAAAGGUUUAUGAUGCUUACAUCAUCUACCCAAAACUCUACAACUCGACUACCUCCACCAGUGCAGAAACAUUUACUCUGCAAGCUCUGCCCCAUGUUCUGGAGAGACAAUGUGGAUAUAAACUCUUCAUAUUUGGAAGGGAUGGUUUGCCUGGUGAAGCUGUGGUAGAUGUUACCGAGAACAUAAAGAAGAGCAGAAGACUCAUUAUCAUUUACACAUCCACCACCUUUGGGGACACAGACAGCAACGUGUACUUCGAGCAGCAAUCUGGCAUGCACAGUGCCCUGAUCGAGGGGACUGUGCAGGCCAUUCUGAUCGAGUUAGAGGACGUCAAGAAUUAUUCAGACUUUCCUGAAUCUAUUAGGUAUUUAAAGCAGAAACAGGGGGCCAUAAGAUGGAAAGGUGGUAGCUCCAACAUAUCAUUUUCCCCGUUUGCAAGAUUUUGGAAGCAGGUACGGUACCACAUGCCAGUGAAGCACAGCCCAUCCUGUACAGAGAAGACCAUACUGUUAAACCUUUAGGAUCACAGACUUGUUUCUGAAGUGACCGUGUUACAUCAAACAGGGUGCUGCACAACCUGUACUUAUUCGCUCGUACUCUACAUCACAUUACAUUAUGCGGGCACACUACACGACGUUUCCUAGGAUUGUCAGCCGUAGCCUUCAUUUACAUCAUCGCAAGAAAAUCACAGCGAGUUGCAGAGAGUUGCAGCUCGCGCCCGUGACCGUCGGUUGUGUAGCGUGACACCCCCCAGCGACUCAGUCAUAGCGCUCUUAACAGCCCCUAGGACUCUCCGCGACCCGCUACAAUAAUAUCAAGCUGGUUUGAUUUUCUUGUAGCGGGUCGCGAGUCGUGGGAGGGGGCUCUUGUGUCUGUGACAGUCAACAGCCAGUGAGCGCUCAGCCGGAAGUACAGUGUGGCUGCAAGGAAGGAAGGAAAGCGAGUGUUUUGGACCGUGCAGAUGGAGGAGAGGCUGGUCGAACUCUGGAGCCCGCGCAGAUGUCUGUUCGAUAUUUCGUGUUUGUUGUGUGUUGGCUCGCGUGCGGUGCUCCUCCUCUUAUUGCUCCAAGUCAGUCUGCUGCCAAAAUGAGGCGACCUCGCGGUUCUUUCGCGGCACAAUACGAGAUUUGGAACCGUGAUGAAAAGUCGUGAGGGAGUCGUGCAAUGAGUCACCCCCUGCGAUUCCUAGUCGUGUGGUUUGACGCCCUCUAGGACAGCAAAGGCAGCGAGAUUCAGCAACUGCAGUCGUUAAAUCUGACACGCUCUCCGACCAAAAGUCUUGUCGAGUCCUGUAGUGUGACAUCGGCUUUAGUCAUUACAGUGAUUAGUGAGCAGGAAGGGCUGCAUCACUUUGCAAUACAUGGGAAGUCGAAUGCAAGUUUGAGUCAACUCAUAGUUCUUUCACAAAGUUCACAAUUGUGUGCUUAAUUCGAAAUUUUAUACUGUCAAUGAAUUUAUAUAGUUUCCAAAAUGUAAUAACUAGUCUGAGAAAUUGUUACUGCAGUUCCCCUUUUAAUUGAAGUUGGACUUUUACAGGGAAAUACUUGAAGGUCCUUAUAAUGCAUGUUUUUUGCCCUUUUGAAAAAGGAUAGGAAAUCAGUAAUUAAAAUAAAGAUAUGUGCCAAAAAUCCCCAAGAAGAGAACCACACAGAACACCAUAAUAAGACAAAACCAGUGAGAAACUGAAAAGGGGAAAUUCAGCUAAUGGAAACUAUUCCUUUAAAGGGUAUUAUGGGAGAAAAUGUGAGCUUGCUAGUGCAACAACUAAAGUGUGGACGUGGAUGCAUUUAGCUGAUUUCAACAAUGUAGAGUAUACCAUCAGUAUUUUGCAAGGUGAUGUAAAUGAUCUUUAAAAUCAUGCUUCUUAGUCUUGAAAAUAGGUCACUCAGGGUAUAGAGUGUGGUUUUUUAAUGCUGGUUCAGUUGAGAAACCCCAAACAUAUUGUGCAAGUUUCUGUGUGGGAAGACAUUUUCUAAAUUAACUCAGAGAAACCAGAGUUUCAGAUGAUUUCCAUUGAGUUUUCCUUUGUGUUUUACUGUAAUAUGUACAAAAACACAAAAACAUGUCUUCACCUUUGCUCAUUCAAGUGUUUGAGACUUUAGGUCUCAUUAUUCAAAUAAUAUUCAGAAAUUUCAGUAGUAAAGAGAGAAAGACAAAAAAUCUAGAAGAUACCACAAUGAGAAACAGGGCAAUAACAGAUUGAUGUACUGUAAUUAAUAACAGAGUUGCACUUAAGUUGAUCAGAAAACAACACUUACACUGUAAAUAAUCUGAGCACUGAAAAGACCAACUGUAGGUUUUAGGUAAGGGACUGUAUUCUUGUGGUAUUGAUUAUACCAAUGAUAUUAAUACUGAUUUCCUAUUUAUGAUCUUCACCAUGUUAAAGAAAAUCUUCCACAUGUUUAGUAGUACAUUGUUUGGAAGGUUCCAAUUUGCUUAAUAUCCCUUUUUUUAAGGAGUAAUGAACUCAUUAGUAACUCCUUCCUGAGUUGAAUCUUUUGUUUUAUAAGAAACAGGUGCCCUCUCUUUGCUCCGCAGAAGUUCAUUCUGUUUCCGGGUUCUGCCGACACUGGAGUUUGAGGGGCCCUUGAAACUAGAAAUUCUUGUAAAUACCCUGUGCAGAGGCAUAGUGAACAUGUCUGUGUUUCUCUGUAAAGUGCUGUAAAUAAAUAAAUAUCUCCUGUCUUCUUUUAUGUGUC